AUGGAUUUUGUUUGCUGUAUUUCGUCGAACGUCAAAUCUUCGAACUUUAUCCCACUGUUCAAUUUAUCAGAACGCCAACAAUCCGCAACAUAUCAGCAAUCGCAUAUGACAGUGCAAGGUGUGGAAAGGAUAUGGACAGAGACGUACAGCAAGAUCUCGUACUCUGAAGUCGAUUUGAACUUCACUUCUGCUGGUGGCCAUUGCCCCGCAGCAUACUGUUUUUCUGGCAACCAGAAAUUAUACCUUCGCAGAUAUCGCUACAACGCGAUAGCGAAAAGAGAAGCGAAGCGACAUCCGCCUAUUGUUUCUUAUCGUCUCCCUUCGCAAGAAGAAGAGGAAGGGGGGUUUAGCUCCGCGGGGCUGUUGGGACGGUCGUAUACUACGCGCCAACAAAACCCCUCUAAACCCCUUUCCAACCCCACAGGACCGUUCACAGAUGGUCCCAACCUCCUGAACCGAGACCGAGCAUUAUCCAUCACGAAUUCAAACUCAAACUCAAACUCAAACUCCAAUUCUAACUCGGACGGUUUAAAGCGAAGUACAAGUAGAACCAAACCCAAACCCCUCCUAGACUUCACACCAACUUUUAAAGAAGCGCCGCAGUGGGACAAAACGGGCAAGGGACAUGGUGUUGCACCUGUUAAGUGGGUCCCGCUUGUGGAGGUUGCUACUACGCCUGAGAAUGCCGUUGGUGAUGCUUUGGCUCCCAAGUCCACUGUAUUCAGGAGAGAGACUACGGUUGCUAGACCUGGUACGGGAGUGCGGCCAGGUACUAGUGGUGGGAAGGGUGUGAAUGGGGGUGGAGGAGGAGGGGCAGGGGGUGUUAUGGGGAGAGGAAGGGUGAGGUAUGAUUGA